CAAGACUUUGCCAAAAUGAGUUGAUAAACCAUAAUUGUCAAAUGGAUAUGUGUUUGUGUUCACACUUGGCUCACACAUUCUUUGAAAAGCCAACUUGAGAAGACUUCGCUAUUUCUUUGGUCCUUCCCUCUCUCUCUUCCUCCUAUUAUAUGAAAGUCUCUUUCUUUUCUGCCUAAUCCACAAAAUUUUGCUCCCUUUUCUCUUCCUCUGCUUCCCUCUUCACUCAAACAAAUGAAUGAAUCCAACAACAGCAGGAAAAGGCAGAGGAAAAAUAUGAAAGAAAGCGAUGAUGGGGACACCAAUUCAUUUGAAGAAGACAGCAAUAAUAGCUACACAUGAUUGAAAGUAUGUUUAUAUUUUAAAUGCACUCAUACAUAACUAAUAACUAAUGACUGAAAAGUUAGCCAUCAUAAUUUUCUUAGCCUCACCAUCACCUGUUAUCUGUGUGCACAUGCAUUGCUUGGAUCAGUUAGGGCUUCAUUGAUAUUGGAUUUAAUCUCCAAUUUCCCAUGUAAUGUACCAUACGUAAUGUGCAUUGGAAGCUGUUCUUAAUUAUGACCGUCCGUCUUCAUUUUCUUGAUCUUUGUUCCACCCACAUCAACAGGCAAAAUCAAAAUUUGUUGAACCACUAUGGUUACUGAUCUUUAAUCCUGUACUAUUCUAUUUUUCUUUCACUUCUCGAUUUCUCUACAAUGGCACAAGUGAAAGAGACGAUUCCCCUUUAUAGAGCAAGGUCUGAAACUAUGGUGUCUUUGAAAGAUGGGAAGCAGACAACCAGGCAUGCUAGAUUCCUCAAACCGUGUGUUGAUAGUGUCGAUCAAGCUGUUAAGGUUCCAAACACUCCCUUGUUGUCUGAAAUUUUCUCUCAUAGUAGCACAGAAUGGCCUUCAAAGGUUGUUUUUAAGAGCUGGGUAAGACCCCAUAAGCAAUGGGAGGAAUGGAUUGAUAACUUGGGAGGGAAGUAUGGGGCUAUUUGGAAUCAAAGCAAUAUCUGCAAUUCCAUCUCGAGCUCUAGAUAUGAGAUUUGUUGUAAUCGCGAUUUGAUACUUGCAUUAGCAGAGUUUUGGUGCUCAGAGACCAACACUUUUGUUUUUCCAUGGGGGGAAGCUACAAUCACCCUUGAAGAUGUUAUGGUAAUUGGUGGCUUUCCAGUCACCGGAGAGCCUGUGGCAAGUCCUCUGACAGGAGAGUUAGUGAAGAUAGAAGAAGCAAUGGAAGAAAAGCGAAAGGAAUUGCAAAAGAACAGGGCAAAGAAAACAACCCACUUCGCUUGGAUGAGACAUUUCAUGGAGAUUGAAACUGAAAUUGAACAUGUGGCUUUCUUGGCUCUGUGGCUGUCGAGGUAUGUGUUUCCUUCAUCGCCGAGGGAUACCCUGAGAAAGGAAGUUUUUCCUAUAGCAAUCCGUCUAGCUAUAGGGAAAAAGAUGGCACUUGCCCCAGCAGUUUUGGCAAGCCUCUAUAGGAACCUGAGUUUGUUAAGGGAACAAGCAGCUGCUUCUCAGGAAGCAGUAAUUGUUUCAGGACCAUUGCAAUUACUGCAGCUAUGGGCAUUUGAGCAUUUCCCACUUCUGGGACCAAAAUCUCCUAAAGCACUUAAUCGUGGUGAGCCCUGGGCUGCUAGAUGGCAUAAGCUGAAUCCUAAAAUCAGUCUCCCAUUGAUUAGAUCAGCUCUAAAAUUGGCUGAAAAUUUUUGUUGGCGUCCAUAUGUUGAUAGUAAUCUGGACACCUGGCUACAACUUCCCAACCAUAAAAUAGCCGGAGAUCGGAUGAUUUCAUCGAGUUCAGAUGAGGACUUGCAGUCUUAUCUUAGGUGCUCAGUUGCUACGGAGCUGGUGGGAUUAGGUUGCAGAGAACAGUAUCUGCCACACCGGGUGGCAAUGCAAUUAGGAAUGGAUCAGGAUCUUCCUGGUGAUCACUCUAGUUUGGAGCUUGCAGAGAAAAAUAUUGUUGUCUUCAUUCCAGGAAGAUCUUUCAAGCCUGGUGUUUCAAAGAGGUAUUUUAAUUGGUGGAAUGAAUCGAAAUCGAUUCGUGAAGAUGCACUUAAGGAUGUAUUGAAGAAUUGCAGGACUGCGAGAUUAUCACCCACUUUUCAUUGCAAGAUUUCAUACUCGUCAUCCGGUCGAGAGGAGGUGAGCCAUGGCUCGGUUACUUCAAAAUGUGAUCAAAGUAGUUCUGGUGGAACAGGAAAUGAUGAAGCAUCAGAAUCAGCUUGGGCAGGAAACAAUAAGGAUGGCUGCAAUAUUAAGUAUGAGAUGGGGAUUAAAGAAAAGCGCCACACCACUUACCGUUUUAUUUCUUCUCCCAAGAUCAAGGAAACAGUGUCUCAAGCUUUUAGCGACGACGACGAUGACGACAAAGUUCCUAUUUCAACAAUAAUGAGAUCUCGUCUUGCUGCUGCAAAAGCAACCAUCAUUCCUGAAGUUGAUUCACAGAAACAAUCUGAAAAUGUUGAACCUGCAACUUUGAAGGGAUCCAAUAUCAGUGGGAAAAGAAAAUUUUGCGAAGUGCAGGAAAAAUCCUGCGUUACGGGUUCUAACAAGGAAACUAAAGAAGUGAAGAAAGAGCCCAUUGAUUUAGAACUUCUGUUUUAUAUCGAUAAUGCAAGUGAGUACAAUGAAUGCAGCAAAGUAUCUGAAGUAUCACUUAGAUUUAAAAAUAGAAAGAUAAAAACAGCAGGAGGUUCUUUUGAUGAUCCUAUAUAUGUUGAUGACUGCGUUGGGACUUCUACAAGCAAAGCUCAGAAAAUUGGGCUAGAGGAAAGGGUUCAGAACCUGGAGAAACUGUGGGGAAUAUGAAGCCUAUGUGCUCAGCGCCUGCUUAUGCUGUUCCGUUUGUUAGCUUCUUAUGGCUUUGGACGGUGAGAGAGUGCGAGUUGUCUGUUUACUGGUAGGCUCAUUCCUCUCAUUGAUUUUGAAUUUCUCCGAUUUCUCAUCUCUUAUGCGUGUUAGAAAAAUUGCCAAUCAGUGUACUCAUGCUUUUGCUGGACUUGCUGUUUUCUGGACAGUUUCGAAAAAAUGGAGUAAUAGUCCUCCGUCUCUUUAUUUAUUUAUUUAUUAAUUUA